CUGCUUACUCCGUCCGAAUUUGAUAAACAAACGACCUACUUUUAGUUCAAACUUCAACUACCUUGUUCUUUAUUGUUCAUAGAAAAUACUUCUCAUAAAAUGCUUAAAUUCAAUUUAAUCGUUGCGGCCACCGAGAAGCUCGGUAUAGGAAAAAAUGGCACGUUUCCUUGGCCAAGUCUAAAGAAGGAAAUGGCUCACUUUACCAAACUGACAAAGGGCACAGCUCAAUUGAAUUCCAAAAAAAAUAUUGUCAUAAUGGGCAGAAAGACGUGGGAGAGUAUACCGGCAAAGUUUCGGCCUUUGCCGAAUCGUAUUAAUUUCGUUUUAUCUACCUCAAAGUUAGACUCUGAAAAGGCACCGGAUGUGUACGGGUUCAACUCUUGGGACGAAUUGUACGAUAAGCUAAAUGAUGAGAAGUUUAAGGAGGAAUAUGAACAAAUUUGGAUUAUUGGUGGAGGUGGUAUUUAUAAGCAUGCUUUGAAAUCAAAAUAUUUCUAUCGAUUGUAUUUAACAGACAUAAAACAGGAAUUCGACUGUGACGUUUUCUUUCCAACUUUUAGUAACUUAAUGGAAGUGAGCGAUCCUGAAGUACCUGCAGGGAUCCACGAAGAAAGUGGAGUACAAUACGAGUUUAAAGUGUACCAAAACGAAUUAUUUGAAGAAUGCGCAUAAAUAAACUUUCAGAAUUC